GUGACAUUAAGCGACGUGGUAUUAAGUGAAAUGUACUGUAUCACCAUUAAUAAGAUCAGUGUUGUCAUUAGUUAACAAAUAGGAGAGUUACCUUGUCCAUGUGUUGCAUCCACAAUGUCAUCGGAAAUGGAUUAUGUUGUUAAAAAACAAUUGAAUGAGGAACUUACCAGUGAACAAAAUCUGACCAUGCAUCGCGAUGCUACAACAAAGAAAGGUCGCCACUUCUAUGGUAUGGAGCUUGUUACAACACAGGAUACAACAUUAACGGCAGGUGUGAGGGAAAUAUCCGACGGCAAAGCACGAACUUAUUUAAAUUGUACCAACCAAGUUUUAUCUGACAUUGAUGUGAAUAAUAAUAUUUCUUCACACACUAUUUUAAGCAAUGUUUCUAAUUUCAUGACGGACUGAAGUGUUACAGAAAACAAAGUUAACUGUAUGAUAAAUGAUUCGGUCAACCCAUCAUCGCCAAUCAAUUCUUUUAAAUGUGCAGUACUACACCCUUUACUUCAAUUUUCAGAAGUCUGUGAGAAAGAGUUGAAAGAUAUUGAAAAGACAUUUGAAAUAAACAUUUCAAAUGUGGGUAAAGUGGAAUCGUUCACUCAUAAUUUAAUUAGCUCCCUAUCAAAAUUGUUUUUUAAAGAUGGAUCUGGAGAUCCGCUAUUGCCAUCCUUAUACUUAAAGACAGAGGGAUACAAAUCCCUAUUGUAAACUUUCGCAGAAAUCGGUUCAAUGUUUUUUUUUUACAAUGCAGCAGGAACAUAUUUUUUAGCAAAACCCCUUAUAGAUUAUUUACAAAACUCCAAAUCAACUGUGAACUUUACCCAAAAUUUAAUUUUUGAGGGAUUGAAAAAUGUAUUUUUUUUAGACAUUUGCCGUUGCCUUGGACUCGUCUCCAAGGCCAUUACUGAACCCUACUGGAGACUAGCAGGAGGAGCUGUUGAAUCAGCUUUAGACAUGGGACCAGUGUAUGUGCGCCUUUUAGAAGUGUUGUCAUCCGUAAUGGAAAACCCCAAUCUUUUACUAACUAACAACAUCAGAUUGUUUCCAGGUCCUUGCUCUCCUGUGGAUGAUGUACACACAUAUUUGCUAUCAGAAAAUGUAUCCGAAUUUUGCCCUAUGAUCUUGCAAAAAUUAUGCCAUGUUUUGAAAUUGAAAGGGGAUCAUUUAGUUAAGGAUUUUUUACCUGGAGGUUCCUUAAACUGCCCAUCAGCAAUAUUAGUAGAGAAAAGCAAAUCGUGCCCUCCACACAACAUCACCGUUGAGCGACUUAUGGCAAAGGUGGACAGAUCGAUGAAAUGUUCUCCCAAUAUUACUAUCAAUACCCUUGAAAGCAAUAUCUGUUAUACAGGAAAUAAAACAGGAGAAUGGCUAAAGGCACAGCCAGAACCGGAGCAGAAACACAUUAUUUCGAAUGCAAGACUGGGGAAAAAACAUUAUAUAAAGACAGUGAAAGAAAGAAAGGAGAUGCUAAGGAAAUCCCAGCUGGAAAUUUUUAGGAACAGAACAGAGACAGUACAAAAGAAAAAGGAAAAACAAAGAAAAGCAAAAGAUGAGAUUGUGCAAAAUUUAGAUGCUUUUGGACUGUGGGACAGCAUACAAAAAAUUGAUUUAGGACUUCAAAAUUACACCACCAAAACAGACAAAAAAAAUUGUUUUAAAAAAACAAAUCAGUAUGUUCAGAUCAAUAUAUGACUAUGACUCCAAUAACAGGAACCUAUUUUUAUUUAGCUACAAGGGAAAACAACAUGGGGUGGAGGAACUGAAAAGCAAUGUUUUGAAAAUUGGAAAUUUGAAAAAAAGUGCAAAAGAAACCAAUACAGUUGAUUUGGACAUAGUUGGAAAACAUAUUCAACACAUAUGGACAGACGAAGAAGGAAAAGAUGCAACAUGGCAUGGAGAAAUCCUGAGUUAUGACAACGGUGUUUUCAAGGUAAAUUAUUGGGCGCAAACUGACAAAGCAGAUGAGGAAACCUAUCUGUUAACACCAGGGGAAAUACAGGCUGACAUCAAAGAUGGAUGUUUAACAUUGGAAGACCCAGGAAGUCAAAUACAUUGAGUGAUGAUGUCCGGAUAUCUAGAAGGAAAAGGUAUCUAAGGGCAGCGUCAUCGGGUGAGGUCAACAUUGAAUAUGGUAGAUCCCCCAGCCAGCAGAAUCUGACAGGGUAUUGGGCGACGCCAGUACUCCGUUCCUAGUCCCAAUUCAUUGUGGCAUAUUGAUGGACAUAUGAAGCUGAUCAGAUGGAAAAUAGCCACACAUGGAGCAAUCAAUGGAUGUUCAAGAUUGAUAUUGUAUUUAUCCAGUAGUCCAGAUAACAAGUCCUCCACAGUGUUUCACAAGUUUGUGACUGCCUGUACCAAAUAUGGACUCCCUGCUAGAGUGCGGUCAGACCCUGGACGUGAGCAUGUAGACAUUUGACUGUUCAUGAAUAUGAUAAAUGGACUUGAGGCAAACAGUAUGCUGACUGGCCGUUCUGUCCAUAACCAGAGAAUUGAACGUCUAUGGAAAGAUGUGUAUGAACAAGUUAUACAUUUGUUCUAUCAGCUCUUUUACAACAUGGAAGAUCAAGGACAAUUAGAUGUUGAAUCUCCAGUGCAUAUCUAUGCUCUGCAUUUUGUAUUUUUGGCAAUACUGAACUCCCACCUUGAGGUAUUCCGUCUAAAUUCCCCUUUCUUGGCUGUUUCUAACAUUUUCAAUGACAUAUCCCUGGAAACAUCUUUGCUGGACUCCUUAAGGACUUUUGGUAUUAGUGUAGAGGAUGUUCAAGGGUUGGAUCAAUUGGCAGACAAUGAAAAUAUUGAAGUGCUAAAUGACGAACAAAAGAGGGAAAUGCAAUGAGUAGUGGACAGCACUGAAGACUAUAGCAAGAAGUUCUUGAAAUGCAUUGAAACUCUUGGUCAUUUCCUUCCAUGAUCUACAGUAGUAUCUAUACAUGUACAUAUAAAGUUAAGUAAACUAGUGAAAUACUGUAAAGCAGGUACUCUUGGAAGAAUAAAUGGCCGAGUAGAAAUUAUGCAGUUCAGCAACUUAUGUCCAACCAGUGGAACUGUACUGUAGUUUUAAAGUUUUAUACCUGGGUAUUGUUUAACAUCCCAUCAACAUCUAAGGUCAUUUAAGGAUGUUUGGUUUUAGUUUUGGUUUUAUUAGCUGACAGAGCUUAUGCGAUACCGCGGUGUCUGUCUACCGUCCGUCCGUCAACAAAGCCUACUCUUCCUAAACGACUGAUCGGAUUUAGACCAAAUUUGCUGUGAUGCAUCCUUGGGAUGAGGGAAUCAAACGUUAAAUAAAAGAAGGGUGUGGGCCCCCUGGGGGGGCAGAGGGGCGGGGCCCAAUAGGGGUAAAUUAUGGUAUUGCAUUUGAAAUCUUACUCCUCCUAAACUAUUGCAUGGAUUGUUACCAUAUUAGGGCUGAAUCAUCACUGGGGCAAGGCGAUCAAACGUUAAAUAAAGGAAGGGUGUUGGCCCCCUGGGGGCUGAGGGGCGGGGCCCAAUUGGGGUAUUUAAGCAUUUGAAAUCCUACUCCUACCAUACUAUUGCACAGAUUGAUACCAUAUUAGGUCUGAAUCAUCACUGGGGCAAGGCAAUGAAACGUUAAAUAAAGAAAGGGUGUGGGGACAUUUUAGCUAUAUUACAUGUUUUGCUUGAAUAUCCAGGUGAGCGAUACAGGCCCUCUGGGCCUCUUGUAUUGUUUAACAUUCUAUUAAGAGCUUAGGUCGUUUAAGGACGUACAUUAUUGUGCAUAUUUUAUUUUGUUAAUGCUAAGCUUGUUUCCAAUAGGCUUUACUUUCCAGUCUGUACUCUGUAAGACCUUGUCUUUAGAUUAGGUUUUGUGUGUAGACACAUUUUCUUACUUGGGCCACACCAAAUUAAUGUGUAGUUCUUCAGAAUUUAUAUUUUUAAAAUAGUACAGGAGUACGACUUAUUUUACGAUAAUCAAACAUAUGAAUGAUACAUAAAACAGCAUGAAAGUAGAAAUACUUUUAUUUUUACAAAAUGUAUGGCAAGCUAACUGAACAUUGAAUACCUAUAUAUCUUAUGUGCUUUUAAGAAAAUAUGCCAUAAACUUAUUGCGAUAUCUCUAUGAAUUUAUGAGAUAUCUUGUAAGCAAUUGAGAUAUCUCGUGUAAUAUUCCCAAAUCAAUCAAAAUGUCUCCAUUCAAAAGUAGCUCGUAUACUGCAAUAAUUAAGAUACAAGUGUAGAUACAUUGUAUUUUAUGUAUAACUUUCAGCAUUGUGUUCAACAUCGUACUUGACAAACUUAUAACUUUAUGAGCGAACAAGAGCAAAGAACAUCCAGAUUUAGGGAUACAUGUAUUUUAAAUUUUGUAAUUGCCGAAAAAAUACCAGAAUCUUUGUAAUUCUUGAUUUUCUUUUGAAUAUGGGAUUUUUUUCAUAUUUAUUUUAAGUGAGGGAAUUUCGAAGAACUACAAAUUAAUUUGAUGUCACCUUAACAUUGUAGACCGAUUCAUGGUACAACAUACACAAUCAAGUAAUUAUGUGGUUGAAAAAAUUAGUGUUUAUGUCACCUAGUUACUCUGGUGAUCUAUGAAUGACAAUCAUAUUUCCGACUUCUCCUCAGAAACCUUCUGUCAAAUUUUAAUGAAACUUGGUGGUAAUCAUCAGUCUGUGGGGAUCAGAAUCUUUACUCAAGAUGAGGCUGACCUCUCAGGAGGUAGAGGGGCAUGGUCAGAGUGCAAAACCUUCCAAUCACAUCCUACAGAUAGACUUUGACCAACUAUCAUAAAUUAUCCAUAGUAGAUGAGGAUCAGAAUUAUGAUGAUCAAGAAGGGGCAGACUCCCCAGGUGGUCUGAGAGGCUUUGUAAUUUAUUAUCCCUCCCCAGAAACAGGAGAUAUUAAUUUGGGCAUGUCUGUCUCUCGUGCUUUAGUUUCUAUGCAGUAUAUAUAACUCCCAUAAAAAUAGUAAGAUUUCAACCAAAUUUGGUAUACACAUGUGUAAUGGCUAAUAUCAGGCUAAUUGAGUUUGAUUACCAAGUUGAUGUGUGCAUAAUUAAUAAUACUACUUAACUCUGAUUGGUUAAGCAUGGUUUUCUUGCAGAAACUCCCCUAAAAAUGGUUGGAUUUCAACCAAAGGCCUAGGGGCAUUAUGGGUCAUUUUCGGCAUAAAACGUCAUUGUUUCAACUCAAAUAUAUAUGUACCAUUUUUUUUUUAAAAUACAUCAUAUUGGGAAAUUGGGCCUAUCUUUCUUGGCGCAUCGCGCAUGCGUAGAUGACCCACCAUAGCAACACAAUUAGAAAUAGCCAGAAUAUAGUGUUUUGAGACAGUUCACAUGCAGAAAUAAAACCCUGCGCAUGUGACGAACAAAAAUUCCUUUCCACGAAUAAACACGGGUAUGGAAAUGUUUAAGCACACCAAAUAUUUGUUUGGUGCAUGCGCAGGCUUUCAAACAUUGAAAUGUUUAAUUGAUUUGCUUCAAAAUGUUUAAUUAGGGCCCGGUAUCAGAGAUACGGGGCCCUAUAUAGUAAUCACUCUGUCUGUCUGUCUGUCUGUCUGUCUGUCCGUCCACAAAUUUUGUUUCUGGCUGAUAACUUUGGUAUUUAUUGACCAAUGUACAUGGAACUUGGUCAAGGUGCUCAGUUUACAAAAAUACACAUUGAGGUAAAAAGUCAAGAUCAAAGGUCAAGGUCAUUAGGUUCAAAGG